GGAGCGGCACAGACGUGAUCAUCUGCGAGGUUGGUGCGCUUUCAUGCAAAGCUUGUGAAUUAAAAAUAUACUAUACAACCUUCACAAUGCGCAUCUUUUGAGUUACCUAACCAAAUCGAGAGUGGAUCGGCGCGGUUUCGGUGAUGAAUUCCAAGUGAGAUUUAUUGUUGUUAUAGCUGCGUGUGUGUUUUGUGUUUUAGUGACGAUCACUCACUAUCGUUAGUGGGUCUGUCGAGUGACGAAAUCGAAUGCUGUUUUGAACUAUUUACUAGCGUAUACGCGGUCAGGGUUCACUCACCUGCUUGUAUUCGUUUCUCGAAGCGUUAGUGAUGCGAACGCAAGAACAGAAGUUUCCUCUGUGACUAAAAAUAAACACGGGGAAAUACAGCGAAAUCACAUCGCUAGCAAACGCAACUGGCAGCAGAAAAAUGUGUGUUCCUUCUUCCCCGUUUGGCUCAUCUAAAUAUAUAUUUAUGUUUGGUACAACAUCACUACGCGAGGAAAAUGCGCUCUUUGGUGUCGCGAGGAAGUGGAUUAAAACCAAUUGAAACGCGGAGAACACGCGCGCUUAUUUGGACACCGCUGCAUCGCGAAGAUAAGUUGACGCGCUCCGUCAGGAACCCACAGUGCUCCCCGCGUAUUGGCGCGUGAAAUAGUGUAGUUUCUGUUGUUGGAAGGAAUAGAAGCGGAAAACAGCAUCAUCGUCGGCGAAAGAUACCCUCGCCUUUGGAUCGUUUGGAUACGAGGACAGGGAAAGCAGCAUCAAACUUUGGCCCAAGCUAACGUGGAAAUGAACGUGAAAAAGUGAAUGUGUGUAUGCGCGAGAUGUGUCAAAGCAAACAAGCGAUCAAAGAAGGUGGAAGCAAAAAGAAAAGUGUUUAGAAGCUCGCAAAUUGAUGAGAAGAAUUUGCGUUUUAAUGUGGAAACGCGCAAGUAUGUGAACAUAUGCGCGAUUUGAAAGUGCAAUUUGAUUACUCGUGAGUGUGAAUAGAGUCUUGCUCUAGAAGAUUUACUGCAAUGUGAAAAAAGAAGAAGACGGCGGCGGAACGAUUAAAGUGAAGCUGAAGAGGAAAAGCCAAGUCUCUGGGCUCAGAUUCUGCCCGGCAGUGUGAAAUGCAUUCUUGUGCCACCGAGAAGAGUUUAAUGAAAGCACUAAACAAUUUACUGCGUCGAAAUGCUUGUUUACGACAUCAGUGCUGUUUCGGUGUAAUACGGUCGUAUCCAGUAGCGUUACAAAAUGAAAUUGUUCGUUGUGCUAGUUAACCUGGUGUUGUGCUUCAGUUUAGCAUAUCCACAAGUGGAAACCAGGACCGAUAGUGACGAAAAUUUGAUGAGCUAUGAAGAUUUAUUGAGUGAUAGCGAUGGAUAUUUGAAAAAGUCUAUAGCAGCACUGUUGGCACACGAUGGAAGCGAAAUUGUUUCGCCCAUGUCAAACGACGGACCGUUUGGCGACUAUCAACACCGAAUGCAGAACCAGCAACAGUAUGGUGGCCAAACUUAUCGCAAACAGCAAAGCCAACAACGUCCACAAAGCCCGAGCUUUGAUCCAAGGGAUGGCACACCCUACACGAGGGAGGUAGCAGUGAAGCAGGGUCGCCUCAAAGGCAUCGUUCGGAUAAUGCAUCCCCAGUCCGGACUGAAAAGUGUCGACCAAUAUCUGGGGAUCCCAUAUGCAGAGGCACCGGUCGGUUCAAGACGGUUUAUGCCGCCGAGUGCACCCAUCCCAUGGACUGGACUCAAGAUGGCAAUCAAGCUGUCUCCUGUCUGUCCACAGAAUCUGCCCACCUUGAAUAAUGUAAAUAAUAACUACUCGAAAGGCAGAUACGAUCAGCUGAAAAGACUGCUUCCAUAUUUAAAAGUUGAGAGCGAAGACUGUUUAUAUUUAAAUUUGUACGUGCCGAGUUACGAUGGAAUCGGACCGCAAGCGAAAUAUCCUGUUAUUGUGUACAUUCACGGUGAAUCGUACGAAUGGAACAGCGGUAACCCUUAUGACGGUUCAAUUCUCGCCAGCUAUGGACGGGUUGUUGUUGUAACCCUCAAUUUUCGUUUGGGCAUUCUCGGUUUUAUGAAGCCCGGGAUUAGCGAGCACACAACGAGCAAUUUUGGUCUGCUGGAUCAAAUAGCGGCGUUGCAAUGGAUCAAGGAAAAUAUCGGUGCAUUCAGCGGUGACAACAAGCUGGUCACGGUGAUGGGUCACGGGACUGGAGCGGCAUGUGUCAAUUUCCUGAUGGUUUCACCUGUUGCCAAGGGGCUUUUCCAUCGCGCCGUUCUUCUUUCUGGUUCGGCGUUAUCCGAUUGGGCAUUAACACAGCAUCCUUUGCAAUCGACGAUGCAAGUAUUGCAAGGUCUCAAUUGUCCGCUCAAUGGUGAUAACGACGAAGUUGCGGCAUGCUUGCGAAGGAAACGGUACAGUGAGAUUCUGAAUGUGAAAAUUGCCUCGCCGCAAUUUUCGACCCGCUUCGGGCCCAUUGUGGACGGAUUGGUGAUUCCAAACACUCCCCAUAAAGUGAUGGGUCAAUACAGCGACAUAUUUAGUGGAUACGACUUGCUUUAUGGAAUGACAGAACUGGAGUCGUACAACAUCCUGAACGCCGUUGCCCUAACGUACGGAUUGCUCGAAAACGAGCGAGACAAUUUACUGCGGUUUUACAUGCAAAAUCGUUUUGAAAUUCGCCCCGAUCUGGCCCUGGCAGCUACCCUCAAUGAGUACACCGGAAUCCUCACUGAUCCGAACAAAUCGCUGGCAGAUAUACAUCGAGAUACGCUGCUGGACAUUUUAUCCGAUGCUCGCGUCGUAGCCCCGAUGGUACAGACGGGUCUCUAUUUGGCCAAGGUUAACCCGAAAUGCUACAUGUACGUUUUUGCUCACAACAGCGAAGCCGGCGAAUAUGGACGGCUUUCACAAAGUGUGGUAGGCGAAGAUCUAGCGUACAUAUUCGGAGCACCACUUGGACCGGUGGGACCAUUCCAAAUUCAUUACAAUGCGCGAGAACGCCUUUUCUCAGAGGCUGUGAUGAAAUAUGUUUCCAAUUUUGCACAAACCGGAAACCCAAAAGCCCCAUGGAAAGAUCUUUUCCUCAACAUGAACCCCGAAGACUGGCGCUAUUAUGAUGUAGAUUGGCCAGAGUUUAACAGCGUGAACCAAAGUUUCCUACAUUUGGGAAUAGUGCCAGUUGGAAGUCGACACUAUCGUCAGCAGUACAUGAAGUUCUGGAAUCAAAAAUUACCGGAGGAACUAAAACGUAUCACUACUUCGAAGCCUUAUUCUUCGUAUUCAGAUUUUGUCACUCCGCCUGACAGGCGAUUAACAACGCCCAACCCAGAAUUUAUCACCGGUCAUAUCAAUUUGUAUCCAAUCAAAGUCGAUGUCGAAAAACCUACGGAAGAUUCCUUCAAAGCGUUGGUUUACCGAAUGAAAGAUUCCCAGGCCAAAGGGCCAGGAAUGUAUAGUGCGCCUGCUUUCUCGGUAGGAAUUCCGGCGGAAGCUCCAGCCAAAGAGGAACCGAAACCUGCGAAUGUGGAGCAAGAAGCAGACAAUACAGAUCUGAUGAAAAAUGAAGCUUCUCUCACGAUGCUAAUUGCUGUGGCGAUUGUGUUUUUGGUGUGCAACAUUUUCAUGAUUGGGGGCUAUGUUAUCAAACGCAACAUUGGCAACAAGAAGGUUAAACGAAAACUCGAUGAUAACACGCUGGAGAGCACUGCAUCAAUGAACGAAAAACGAUCGAAACUAAAUGACACUGAUGAGAGCUAUAUUGUGGAUGUGAUGCGAAAGUCUAAUCCGUACGAGCUUGUGGGAAAAGUAAACAAUUUCACGCUGCCACGACAGUUUAGUGGUGAAACAGUAGACCCCCACACAAAGGUUUGUGAUUGGAUAGCACAGGAUUAUCGAGCCGGCUGUCCAAAGUCUAACGAUGAGUGCGAUGGUGUUAAUGCAAUUUCGUCCUGUAAUAGUGACCAUUCAAACGUGCCGUAUAAAAUAAGUGUUGCUAUUGAUGCUACUCCGCAGGCUCGCAGUAACAGUGUAUUACGACAGGAGCCAAUUGAAAUCACCAAAGCCAAAUCGUUCGAAUAUGCAUUACCAGAAAAUUACGAGGAAAACGCAAGCCAGGAUUCACCGCGUGACUCCGACAUGCGACAGCAGUGCUCCACCAGUUCGGGAUCAUCAUACUCUUACAACGACUGCGACUACAACUCCGAACAAAAAAAGUCAAACCCGAUUUACAACAAUUACCCUUACCAGGAAGAAGAAAUAACCAGUUUUAUCCAAAAUGGUGAUAUAAACGUCACUUCCAGGGAGAAGAGUGAGGAGAAAGAACCUCUACCACCUGCAGAAGCAUUGAAGGUUAUCCAGCGUCGGAACUUCCCUAAAGUUCUGCCCGAUUACCCAAACGGAAUCGCUAGCAUUACAGCUUCGAUGAAGCGUCGCUCCUUACCACCACAAUCCUUCAUGCUCACCAAUUCCAACAGUCUGCGCCGAGACCUUUCGCGGCUUGUGCCAGCGCCACCUCCAAGGAUAUCGUCAACCCUCGGACGUCCUCCUUCGAAGCAUAGAGCCAGCAAUAACUUUCUCAGUUCUCCUCCAAUGAUGGCUGAGGAGCCACCCAUCGAGGAGGAACCACCGAUAGCGCUCAAUACACUGCAUGUGGGGCCUUUGCUACCAAAACACCAGGAAAACACUUACAUGACUAUGUCACGACAAAACUCUUCGGAGGUUGAACCAAAACCGUCGGGUGAAGAACCAAUUGUCGAUAUUAUAUGUAUAGAACACAAACCUGAAAAUCACUACAGCUACAUCAAACCUCCCAACACAAUGAAGGCGCCCUCGUCGUUCAAGUGUUCACCACCGAGAGAAAUUGACCGUUCUGAAAGUAGGAAUGAACUCUAUUCGGCUAUGGCCGGAUCGGUUUCUCGCCUUCCAAUUGUUCGACCUGAUAAUGACACUAUGCAUCGUGAGCUUAGUUCUGAUUCAUCGGCCACGGACACAACCUCCGGUAGCACAGGGACGAUUAAACAACUGUAGAUGCGAUGAGAGCUAGGCUCUGCUUAUUGAAUGAUAAUGUCACCGAAAUAAUGUAUCACUCUGCAAAGUAUUUAUUUAUCUUAGAUCCUUCCACAACCACUCCAAGAUAAUUCCGAUGAACUAUUUAUUUUACUACUGUUUGUAGUGUGAGCAAAAAAAUAUCAAAGAUACACGAGCAAUGUAUGAACUCAUUUGAUUUUGAUGAUGACUGUCGACGAUCAAAAUAAUUAUUACUUAUAUGAAGUUGUAAAUUCGAGGCACGCUAAUGGCUGACACAAAUAAACAACUCUCGGGAUGGGAUUCUCAUAGAAUGUAG